GGAGCGCGCCGCGAUGGUGACGGACGGACGCCAUUUUAUUUUGAAAAUCAAACUGAACUGGAGGAACCGCAAAGUCUUCCAUUUCAAGUUUGUGCGGGGGAAUAAUUAGGGAUGAGGAUCUGAAUUACUUCAUUUUGGGAGCAACGAUGCUGCACUUGAUUUUAAACUGAAGGACUCUACCCCUUAGUACUGGGAGCCACUGAACGGACAACACAUUUGGAAGCCAACAUUUGUCACACCUUUGGGGGGGGGGAGCAGAAGUAACCUAUCACUGAAGUGACAAAAGGGGAAUAAUGGUGAUUUUGCGCCGUGCUCGGCCGCCUGCUUCCGCCCCAACCAGCAAUGAAUCUUGACUCGCUCUCGCUGGCUUUGUCUCAAAUCAGCUAUCUGGUGGACAAUUUAACAAAGAAAAACUACAGAGCCAGCCAGCAAGAAAUACAGCAUAUUGUGAAUCGUCACGGACCUGAGGCAGACAGGCAUCUACUACGCUGUCUCUUCUCCCAUGUGGAUUUCAGUGGCGAUGGUAAAAGCAGUGGAAAGGACUUUCACCAGACACAGUUUCUGAUCCAGGAGUGUGUGUCGCUGAUAUCGAAGCCAAACUUUAUUUCUACACUGUGUUACGCCAUCGACAAUCCACUGCACUACCAGAAGAGUUUAAAGCCAUCAGCCCAUCUAUUCACUCAGCUGAGUAAAGUUCUUAAGCUCAGCAAGGUCCAAGAAGUAAUAUUUGGACUCGCUUUGCUCAACUCCAGCAACACAGACCUCCGUGGUUUUGCGGCGCAGUUCAUCAAGCAGAAGCUUCCAGACCUGUUGAGAUCCUACGUUGACGCAGAUCUCGGGGGAAACCAGGAAGGUGGCUUCCAAGACAUCGCUAUAGAGGUUCUGCACCUGCUGCUCUCCCAUCUGCUGUUCGGCCAGAAGGGAGCCAGCGGGGUCGGGCAGGAGCAGAUUGACGCCUUCCUCAAAACACUUUGCCGAGAUUUCCCCCAGGAGCGCUGCCCUGUGGUGCUCGCACCACUGCUGUACCCUGAAAAACGGGACAUUCUUAUGGACAGGAUCCUACCAGACUCGGGGGAGUUAGCCAAGACCAUCAUGGAGAGUUCUCUUGCAGACUUCAUUCAGGAAGUUGGUUACGGCUUUUGUGCCAGUCUGGACGAAUGCAGAAACAUAAUCCUCCAGUAUGGGGUGAGGGAGGUGACAGCCAGCCAGGUGGCCAGGGUCCUGGGCAUGAUGGCUCGCACUCACUCUGGCCUCACCGACGGGAUCCCACUCCAGUCCAUCUCCGCUCCAGGAAGUGGAAUCUGGAGCGAUGGGAAGGAUAAGAAUGACGGUUCACAGGCACAUACGUGGAAUGUUGAAGUACUCAUCGACAUCGUCAAAGAAGUGAAUCCCAACCUGAACUUCAAAGAGGUGACGUAUGAACUGGACCACCCAGGGUUUCUGAUCCGGGACAGUAAAGGGCUGCACAUCGUGGUGUAUGGAAUCCAGAGAGGGCUGGGCAUGGAGGUCUUCCCCGUCGACCUCAUCUACCGACCAUGGAAACACGCCGAGGGACAGCUGUCAUUCAUCCAGCACUCUCUGAUGAACCCGGAGGUGUUCUGCUUUGCUGAUUACCCAUGUCACACUGUGGCCAUAGACAUCCUGAAGGCCCCACCGGAGGACGACAACAGGGAGAUCGCCACAUGGAAAAGUCUGGACCUGGUGGAAAGUCUUCUCAGACUGUCUGAGGUCGGGCAGUACGAGCAGGUGAAGCAGCUUUUCAGCUUCCCCAUCAAGCACUGCCCCGACAUGCUGGUGCUGGCACUACUGCAGAUCUCCACCUCGUGGCACACGCUGCGGCACGAGCUUAUCUCCACCCUAAUGCCAAUCUUUCUGGGCAACCACCCCAACUCCGCCAUUAUUCUGCACUAUGCCUGGCAUGGACAGGGACAGUCUCCUUCCAUCCGUCAGCUUAUUAUGCAUUCAAUGGCUGAGUGGUACAUGAGAGGGGAGCAGUACGACCAGGCCAAACUGUCUCGUAUCCUGGACGUGGCCCAGGACCUGAAGUCUUUAUCGAUGCUGCUGAAUGGUACUCCAUUUGCCUUUGUUAUUGACCUCGCUGCACUUGCCUCUCGCCGUGAAUACCUCAAACUUGAUAAAUGGCUGACUGACAAAAUCAGAGAGCACGGGGAACCGUUCAUCCAGGCAUGUGUCACAUUCCUGAAGAGGCGCUGCCCAUCCAUUAUGGGAGGUCUGGCCCCUGACAAGGACCAGCCCAAAAGUGCCCAGCUUCCCCCCGAGACUUUAGCCACCAUGCUUGCCUGUUUGCAGUCCUGUGCUGGGAGUGUGUCCCAGGAGCUGUCGGAGACGAUUCUUACCAUGGUUGCCAACUGCAGCAAUGUAAUGAACAAAGCUCGGCAGCCGCCUCCAGGAGUGAUGCCAAAGGGCCGCGCCCCCAGCACCAGCAGUUUAGACGCCAUCUCACCUGUGCAGAUGGAUCCUCUGAGCGGCAUCGGCUCCCUGAACCUGGGCGGCACCGCCCCCUCCCACACCCAGAGCAUGCAGGGCUUUCCCACCACACUCUCAGCUUUCAGUCCCCAGUCCCCCGCUAAGGGCUUCCCCCCCCUCCCCAACCCCAACCCUAACCCCAGCACACCCUUCGGGGGGAUUGGCAGUCUCACCUCGCAGCUCCCUGGUAUGGACUCUGGUCCUCUGGGCUCAGGAAUCAGCUCCGGGAUCGGCUCUAGUCUGGGAAUGACGGCGGUAAACACGGAUCCUUUCGGCACCAGGAAGAUGAGCACACCGGGCCUGAACCCGCCCACCUUCCAGCAGACUGAUCUUUCUCAGGUGUGGCCUGAGGCAAACCAGCACUUUAGUAAGGAGAUAGACGACGAAGCAAACAGUUACUUCCAGAGAAUCUACAACCAUCCACCUCACCCGACCAUGUCCGUCGAUGAAGUGCUGGAAAUGCUUCAGAGAUUCAAGGACUCCACCAUCAAGCGGGAGCGGGAGGUGUUUAACUGCAUGCUGAGGAACUUGUUUGAGGAGUACCGGUUCUUCCCCCAGUACCCGGACAAGGAGCUUCACAUCACCGCCUGCCUGUUUGGCGGCAUCAUUGAGAAGGGUCUGGUCACCUACAUGGCCCUGGGCCUGGCACUCAGAUACGUUCUAGAAGCGUUACGGAAACCGUACGGAUCUAAGAUGUAUUACUUUGGAAUUGCUGCCUUGGAUCGGUUCAAGAACAGACUCAAGGACUACCCACAAUAUUGUCAACACUUGGCCUCAAUUGCUCACUUCUUGCAAUUCCCCCACCAUUUACAAGAGUGUGUGCAGUACAUCGAAUAUGGCCAACAGUCACGGGACCCUCCGGUGAAGAUGCAGGGAUCCAUCACCACGCCGGGCAGCCUGGCGCUGGCGCAGGUCCAGGCCCAGGCCCAGUCCCAGCAGCCCGGAGGCCUCAAGGCCCCGCAGCCGGGCCAGCCCAGCUCCCUGGUCACCACGGCAACCACCACCACCACCGCAACCAAAACCACCACCAUCACCAGGCCCACGCCCAGUUUCAAGAAGGACAUGCCUCCUUCCAUAAACACUACCAACAUCGACACCCUGCUGGUGGCCACAGACCAAACGGAGAGGAUCGUAGAGCCUCCAGAGAACGUCCAGGAAAAGAUUGCAUUUAUUUUUAAUAACCUUUCUCAGUCCAACAUGACACAAAAGGUUGAGGAGUUAAAAGAGACUGUAAAAGAAGAGUUUAUGCCUUGGGUUUCUCAGUAUCUGGUGAUGAAACGUGUUAGCAUUGAGCCCAACUUCCACAGUCUCUAUUCCAACUUUUUGGACACCCUCAAAAACCCUGAGUUCGUCAAGAUGGUUCUCAAUGAAACAUACAGGAAUAUCAAGGUUCUUCUGACGUCGGACAAGGCAGCUGCUAAUUUCUCUGACCGCUCCCUGCUGAAGAACCUGGGCCACUGGCUGGGGAUGAUUACACUGGCCAAAAACAAACCUAUCCUUUACACAGACUUGGAACUGAAAUCUCUGCUACUAGAGGCGUACGUUAAAGGCCAGCAGGAACUGCUAUACGUGGUGCCCUUUGUGGCCAAGGUUUUGGAGUCUAGUCUCCGGAGCACGGUUUUCAGGCCUCAGAAUCCUUGGACCAUGGCCAUCAUGAAUGUUCUGGCUGAGCUGCAUCAGGAGCAUGACCUCAAGUUGAACUUGAAGUUUGAGAUUGAAGUUCUGUGUAAGAACUUGUCUCUGGACAUCAACGAUCUGAAGCCAGGAACGCUCCUGAAGGACAAGGACAAGCUGAAGAGCCUGGAGGAGCAGUUGUCUGCACCAAAGAAAGAGGCCAAGCCUCCCGAAGAGAUGCUGCCAGUCUCCACUACAGAAAGCUUUUUUCCUUUUUCAGCGCCCCCCUCGACCCCGGCUGCUACCACCACCACCUGCACAACCACGGGGCCGCCCACCCCCCAGUUCAGCUACCACGACAUCAACGUGUACGCCCUGGCCGGCCUGGCUCCACACAUCAAUAUAAACGUCAACAUCCCGCUGCUGCAGGCUCAUCCCCAGCUGAAACAGUGUGUGAGGCAGCCGGUGGAGAGGGCGGUGCAGGAGCUGGUGCACCCCGUGGUGGACCGCUCCAUCAAGAUCGCCAUGACCACCUGCGAGCAGAUCAUCAGGAAGGACUUUGCCCUGGACUCAGAAGAGUCCCGCAUGCGGGUGGCCGCCCACCACAUGAUGAGGAAUCUGACCGCCGGCAUGGCCAUGAUCACCUGCAGAGAGCCGCUGCUCAUGAGCAUCGCCACCAACCUGAAGAGCAGCUUCGCCGCUGCGCUCAGGGCUCCAACCCCCCAGCAGAGAGAGAUGAUGGAAGAGGCAGCAGCCAGGAUCGCUCAGGACAACUGUGAACUGGCUUGUUGCUUCAUUCAGAAAACAGCCGUGGAAAAGGCCGGCCCUGAGAUGGACAAGAGACUAGCCACGGAGUUUGAGCUGAGGAAGCACGCACGCCAGGAGGGACGCCGCUACUGUGACCCCGUUGUCCUGACCUACCAGGCUGAACGCAUGCCGGAGCAGAUCAGACUGAAGGUGGGAGGAGUGGACCCAAAGCAGCUGGCCGUGUACGAGGAGUUUGCCAGAAACAUUCCAGGUUUCCUGCCCAGCAACGAUCUCUCUCAGCCCACCGGCUUCAUGGCCCAACCCAUGAAGCAACAGGCCUGGGCCACUGAUGACGUGGCUCAGAUUUAUGACAAGUGCAUGGCGGACCUGGAGCAGCAUCUCCACGCCAUCCCCCCGGCCCUGGCCAUGAACCCGCUCACCCAGGCCCUGCGCAGCCUGCUGGAGGCCGUCGCUCUGGCCCGCAACUCCAGGGACGGGAUCGCAGCACUCGGCCUUCUGCAGAAGGCGGUGGAAGGACUCCUGGACGCCACCAGUGGAGCUGACGCCGACCUGCUGCUGCGCUACCGGGAGUGCCACCUGCUGGUGCUGAAAGCCCUGCAGGACGGACGGGCCUACGGACCUCAGUGGUGCAACAAGCAGAUCACCAGGUGUCUGAUUGAAUGCCGUGAUGAAUACAAAUACAACGUAGAGGCCGUGGAGCUUCUGAUCAGGAAUCAUCUGGUUAACAUGCAGCAGUACGACCUCCACCUGGCACAGUCAAUGGAGAACGGUUUGCACUACAUGGCCGUAGCGUUUGCCAUGCAGUUGGUGAAGCUGCUGCUGGUGGACGAGCGCAGCGUGAGCCACGUCACCGAGGCCGACCUCUUCCACACCAUCGAGACUUUAAUGAGAACCUGUGCACACUCCAGAGCCAACGCUCCAGAGGGGCUUCCCCAGCUGAUGGACGUCGUGCGCUCCAACUAUGAAGCCAUGAUCGACCGUGCCCACGGCGGGCCUAACUUCAUGAUGCACUCUGGGAUCUCCCAGGCCUCGGAGUACGACGACCCCCCCGGCCUGAGGGAGAAAGCCGAGUACCUGCUGAGAGAAUGGGUCAACCUGUACCACUCAGCCGCCGCCGGCAGGGACAGCACCAAGGCCUUCUCUGCUUUUGUCGGACAGAUGCAUCAGCAGGGCAUCCUGAAGACGGACGAUCUGAUCACGCGGUUCUUCCGUCUGUGCACAGAGAUGUGCGUGGAGAUCAGUUACCGGGCCCAGGCGGAGCAGCAGCACAACCCAGCGGCCAGCGUGGCCAUCAUCAGAGCCAAGUGUUACCACAACCUGGACGCCUUUGUGAGACUCAUAGCGCUGCUGGUGAAACACUCUGGAGAAGCCACCAACACGGUGACCAAAAUUAACCUUCUCAACAAGGUGCUGGGUAUCGUAGUCGGCGUGUUGAUCCAGGACCACGACGUCCGUCAGACAGAGUUCCAGCAGCUUCCGUAUCACCGUAUUUUCAUCAUGCUGCUUUUGGAGCUCAACGCACCCGAACACGUCCUGGAGACCAUUAACUUCCAGACGCUCACUGCCUUCUGCAACACCUUUCACAUCCUGAGACCCACCAAAGCCCCGGGCUUCGUGUACGCCUGGCUGGAACUCAUCUCCCAUCGCAUCUUCAUAGCCAGGAUGCUGGCACACACACCGCAGCAGAAGGGUUGGCCCAUGUACGCACAGCUGCUGAUCGAUCUCUUCAAGUACCUUGCACCCUUCCUGAGGAAUGUAGAGCUCAACAAACCUAUGCAAAUUCUCUACAAGGGGACUCUGCGGGUGCUCCUGGUCCUUCUGCACGACUUCCCAGAAUUCCUGUGCGACUACCACUACGGCUUCUGUGACGUCAUCCCGCCCAACUGCAUCCAGCUGCGCAACCUCAUCCUCAGUGCCUUCCCGCGCAACAUGAGGCUCCCCGACCCCUUCACGCCCAACCUGAAGGUGGACAUGCUGAGUGAGAUCAACAUCGCUCCCCGGAUCCUCACCAACUUCACCGGGGUGAUGCCGUCUCAGUUCAAGAAGGAUCUGGACUCGUACCUGAAGACGCGCUCCCCCGUCACCUUCCUGUCUGAGCUGCGCAGCAACCUGCAGGUGUCAAAUGAACCAGGAAACCGCUACAACAUCCAGCUGAUCAACGCUCUAGUUCUGUACGUGGGCACGCAGGCCAUCGCUCACAUCCACAACAAGGGCAGCACCCCCUCCAUGAGCACCAUCACCCACUCCGCACACAUGGACAUCUUCCAGAACCUGGCCGUGGACCUGGACACCGAGGGGCGUUACUUGUUCCUGAAUGCGAUUGCCAACCAGCUGCGUUACCCCAACAGCCACACCCACUACUUCAGCUGCACCAUGCUCUACCUGUUUGCUGAGGCCAACACGGAGGCCAUCCAGGAGCAGAUCACCAGGGUGCUGCUGGAGAGGCUGAUCGUGAACAGGCCUCACCCGUGGGGUCUCCUGAUCACCUUCAUCGAGCUGAUCAAGAACCCCGCCUUCAAGUUCUGGAGCCACGACUUCGUGCACUGUGCCCCCGAGAUCGAGAAGCUGUUCCAGUCCGUGGCCCAGUGCUGCAUGGGGCAGAAACAGGCCCAGCAGGUGAUGGAGGGCACCGGGGCCAGCUAGCCUGGCCACCGGGCCUCGUAGCCGCCGGGAGAGAUGCCGUGGCCUUUACCCACCUCCCCCCCACCACACACCUCCCACUUUACUGCUGGCACUGGAUAAACUGGCUACCACAGUCAUUGAAAUGUGAAUGGAAGGACUACUGCUCAUGGAUCUUAAGAUAUUUUUCUUUUUGUUUUUGUUUUUUCCAUUGAGGAGAGAAUGGAUUUGAACAUGUUGUUUAAUAUACUUAUUUUGAUGCUUUUGAUGUAAAUAUUGGGGGGAAAAAAGGGAGAGCAGGGAAGUAAAUAAAUGGAUUGCAAUCCACAUGUCAAAUAAAAUGUACCCUGACAUGUAAAAACCACCUAAACAUAUUUUCACUUAUUACCAAAGUCCUUGGUUUUGCUUCUCUCCCACACAAAUCCUGUUUUCUGACUUUUUUGAUUUUGCUUUCCGAGGCUGAAUGGUUGACAAUGGAAGAAAAAAAAGAGAAAAGAACUGCCUAUUUUCAUUUGAUCCCUUUUUUUCUUUUUUCUUUUCCACGAGUAGGACUGAAGGUUGUAGUUGUCUCCAGGUGUGGUGGGGGUCUGUUCUCGGUGCGUUGGGGACAGUUUGCUGAUGGUUUGUCCAUUUGAAACCUGUUCUGGAGGUCUCUCCCUGGCACUUGUAAAAUUGUGCAAAGUGUUGGUAACAUCAUAACUUGACAAUUUGUAUAAAGAUCCAAAUUGAAGAACAACAAUAGAAGGACCAAUACAGCCCAUUUUGUAACAUUUUGAAUGUUUUGUAAAUGUAUUGGUCCAUGUGUUGUAUUUUGUAGUCCUUUCUAGUUUGCCUUUAGUUCUUGCUACUUAACUGCAGUAUGCAUACAUACAGGAGAAUAAAGCAUUCAAACUGCAAA